AGAAUAGGUCACCUAAGUCCAUAGCAAUACCAAAUCUUGUUUAUCUAACUUUAACAAACCCAUGCUUCCCAAUAAUGUCAAAAUCCAACAUUGACUUCCCAAUAUUAAUUAAUUAUUUCCAUUUGGGCACCCUAUUAAAGCCCAACCACAUCUGCCUAACCAUGAUCCAAUUACUCCUUUACACUUGGUGUCACUCUCUCUCUCUCUCUGUUCCAUUCCCAUUCCCAUUCCAUGUGCAAUUAUAAUUAAUUCCCCAUAAUAUUCACAACCCAUCGGACGUAACGCCCCAAAAGAUCAAAUCUUUAAGAUCUAUACGUUAUAUUUUGCUGUAUAUAUUAAUACAUUUCUCUAGCGAGACCUAUUGUUUGUUUGUUUGUUUUCCACUCACACAUGGAAUCUUGCAUCUACCAUCAGCUCAAAUCUCAGCCAAUAUGGCUUGUUUUGCUUCUCUCUUUAGGUAUCUUGAAAGUCUUGAGCUUUUCAGUCAUACUGCUCAGAUGGGUCUAUGUUAAUUUCCUUAGACCUGCCAAGAAUCUCAAGAAAUAUGGGUCAUGGGCACUUGUUACCGCACCUACUGACGGUAUUGGAAAGGCUUUUGCUUUCCAAUUAGCUAGAAAGGGGCUUAAUUUAAUACUUGUGGGUCGUAAUCCUGAUAAACUUAAGGAUGUCUGUGAUUCAAUUAAGGUUAAAUAUGGGAAAGUCGAGAUUAAGACAGUGGUGGUUGAUUUCUCUGGUGAUUUGGAUGAAGGGGUUAAGAAGAUUAAGGAGAUAAUUGAAGGAUUAGAUAUUGGGGUUUUGAUUAAUAACGUUGGGGUUUCGUAUCCUUAUGCUAGAUUUUUUCAUGAAGUGGAUGAUAAAUUGUUGGCUGAUUUGAUUAAAGUUAAUGUGGAAGGAACUACUAAGGUUACUCAAGCUGUUUUACCUGGUAUGGUUCAGAGGAAAAGAGGUGCUAUUGUUAAUAUUGGUUCUGGUGCUGCUAAUGUUAUCCCUGCUGAUCCACUUUACGCUGUUUAUGCCGCUACCAAAGCAUACAUUGAUCAGUUCUCCAGAUGCCUCUAUGUAGAGUACAAUAAGAGCGGAAUUGAUGUACAAUGCCAGGUGCCAUUGUAUGUGGCGACAAAAAUGGCGUCAAUCAGAAGGUCUUCAUUUUUUGUUCCCUCAACUGAUGGUUAUGCUCGGGCUGCGCUACGAUGGAUUGGUCAUGACCCUAGGUGCACUCCUUACUGGCCCCAUUCUCUUCUGUGGGGUUUGCUAUAUUCAUUGCCAGAGUCAGCUGUUGAUGCUUGGCGUCUGAAGUUCAACAUGGGAAUUCGGAAGAGGGGCCAACUGAAGGACAACAGAAAGAAGGAGUAGGAAGCAUCUGCUUUUUACCUCAUUCCGUCUGAUUAGUUGAUUUCUCAUUUUCUUCUAUUUCUGUUUCCAAUUGGGUAAUGCUAGUUCUGGUAAUUAAACAAGAAGCUUUAUUUCAUUCUACUUAUUAAACAAGGCCCAGUGUUCUUGUUGCAUUUUUAGCUGUAGGCUGCUUGAAUCAAGAGCAGUCUAAAAGAAAUUCGAACUCUCAGUUCUACACCCUGUCUUGUCAAAAGAACCAUAUUCCAGGACAAGUAAAUCAGAAUGAUUCUGUUUGUAUU